GUUGACUGAGCUCCAGUUAGCAGCCGGCCUCCCCCCACUGCGCUGCUCCCAUGGCGGACUCUCCUCUCAACAACUCCUGGCCGUCCUUCUCCAAACUGUGGAUGAAGAGAUGGUCCUUCAAGAGAGCAUCAGAGUGCAAGCCAUGUAGUCGGCCCAGCGAGGCUCCCAGUUCCCAGCGAGGCUCCCAGUCUCAGCCUCCCAGUGGGAAAGGAUCCUCCUCCUCUUUGUCUCCUGCCUCCAUCACUGAGGACGUCUUCUUUGGCGGCACCAACGAUGACCAGCAGGACGCCUGUUCGGUGGUGAGCGACUACGACUGCCCCUUCGUGGAGGUGGGCAGCAGCAUCGAGGACCUCCAGGGCUUCAGCUCUUCGCUCAGAGACUCAGAGUUCUACAGAGACCUCCAUCCAUCCACGGGAAGCACCACCGUCCCAGAGGGCAGAACCCAGCCGGUGCCUCUGAACACAGACGUCUUCACCCCUCUGACCUCACAUCCUCCGCCAUCCUCCGCUGCGCCACCGUUUCCUUCCUGUACACUGCCUGCAGAGGAACCUGCCGGCAGCUUCGUGGUCACGCAGCUCAGUCCCAAGCUGCUGCCGGCUUGCAUCAUUGACAGCGACCCCGUGGGCCCAGUGGCAGGCCUGAGCUUGACAAUCGACCUGAAUGGACUGUUGGGAUCAAUGGAAACGGAAGAACCAGUAACGGGACUGGAGAGAGUCAAUGAGCGACUCUCGAUGGAUUUAGACGGAGAGCCGGACCUGGACAGCUUCCCCAUCCUGGUCAGAUCCAUGUCGACGUCUCGGAGGCACAGCUGGGGCGUCCCGGUGUCCCCCAUCAACCUGGGGAGGAGACUCAGUCUGGAUCCGAUGGCCAUGGACAGCGACGGAGAAAGAGACGACGACGACGAGGAGCGACAGAAUCGACUCUUCCAGUCGACUCAGCAGAGCGACGGCUGCUCGGUUUGUCCUGGAGACGAGUUGGACGGCUCCAGUUUGAGGGCCGGCGCUGCUCCUGGCAGGCAUCUGUAUUCCCGCUCAGACAUCCUCGCCACCGACGACUAUUCCCGAGCCGCGCACAUUUCUCGCGUCGUCCAGACGUCCAAACAGGCUGCGAGGGCGGCCGGAGCAGACGAGUUCGACCCUGAAGAAAACCUGCAUUCCACAGAGGGCCAGAGCCACAUAGCGAAGCAGAGAAACAACAGAUCAGACACCAGAGAUUCAGGAAGUGUCACUUGGUAUGAGUUCCUCGCCAAUGAGAAUGAGGAAGAGGAAGAUCGCGCAGAGAAGGUGGAGAAAGGCACCAAGGUGAAGAGGACUCUGAGCUCUCUGAGGAACAGGAUGACUGGAUCCUUCAACAAAGACAAGGGUAAGAACCGAGAGAAGGCCAAGGAGAAGGAGGCCAAAGAGAAAGAGAAAGUGUGCAGCAGCAGCAGCGUCAGCGGGCAUCACUUGGUGCCGGGCUCCUUCUCCAGCUGCGCCACCUGCUCACUGUGCAGCAAGACCCUGCAGAAAAAGCAUGGCCUGCAGUGCAUGAAUUGUGCUGUGAACGUUCACAAGAGCUGCAAGUCUCUGCUGGGGGAGUGCACCAGCAGCAAGAACAAGAGAGAUUCCCUGCAGAGGCCUGGCUCGUCAGGAUCUCCUAACCUUGCGCUAAGAGACCGGGACAGGGAGCGGGAUCAGGCCGGCCCAGCCGCUUCUCAGGCCCUGGAUGGCCACCGAGGUUUCCUCAGUCCCCCAGGCAUGACCGUUAGUUCGUGGGGAUCCAGCACUCAGCCAACUGCCGCCCAAACCAGCAGCUCCAGCGCAGCCCCCGCCUCCAGCCUUGGCCACAGCCUCCAUCACAACAGUAGCUCAGGAUCCCUCCCCGGGGAGAUGGAUGAGACCGAUGCUCUCCGCUCCAAACGCUGCAAUGAAGACGCCAUUUCCCUCGCUCCCUCCACCGCCGAGUCCAUCAUCGUAGAAGGUGAGCUGACUGACGGAGGCACUGUUUUUCUACCGUAGCUGCCUUUCCUCAGACCGUCGAGUCUUCUAAGGUCUGCCUGAGGUUUUGCCUUCAGGGAGUUUUGAUAAAUCCAGAGAGGGAGGGAGGGGGUUUUGUGGAGUCGGUGGUGACCUCACCUUGGCUCAUUAAGUUGGAGUGUGUGGGAGAGAAGCCGGCUAACUGGAUGCUAGCAUCCCACCUUUUUAUUUAGCUGCCAUGUUCCAGAGUUUUAUCAGACUCAUCCCAACCGUGAGAGAGAGAGAGAGCGCACGCCUUCAGGUGCAGGGUUAAGGUCGACUUUUAUUCAUUUUUCAGCCUAACGCG